AUUGUUUAUCGAAAUAUAACCUAAGAAAAUCUCGUGAUUGACAACAAUAAUAAUUACCAUGCUUCAAACUUGUAAUAUUCUAGUCAGAGAAAUAUAUAAUUUUAAAUAUAUAAAAUUUAUACAAACUACUACUUUGGCAAGAAGAAAUAUGGCCACUGUGAAACGAUUUUAUAGAAGGACAAAUAUACUUUCAAGUGGUGGCAAGUUUGAGAUUAUGCUGGAUCAGAGGAAGCUGAAGACGCCGCAGGGUAGGAUAUUUGAAGUGAAUAGCAAACCUUUAGCCUUAGCAGUGGCUGCUGAAUGGGACGCGCAGAAGGAGAUCAUUGACCGAGGCAGUAUGCACUUGACAGCCUUGUGCAACACCGUGCUGGAUAACCCACAAAAACGUACCAAGACAGACCUGGUCAAUCACAUAGUGAACUGUUUAGAAAUGGAUACAGUGUUAUUUUAUUCCAGUGAGGCAGACGAGCUGUAUAAGUUACAGAUCGAAAAAUGGGAGCCUAUAGUCCGUUGGUUUUGCAAGCAGUAUGAUGUGAAAAUUGCAGGAACACAGAAUAUAGAGGCACCUGCUGUAUCGUUAGAAACAAAGGUCACGUUAACGAGACACUUAAUGUCGCACAAUUUCAAAAGUAUUUACGGUCUUGUAUACGCGGUAGAAGGAUUGAAAUCUGUUCUUUUGACCCUUGCCACAGCUGCGAGAACAAUCAAUAUCCCGGAAGCUGUGAGUUUGUCACGACUGGAGGAGGAAUAUCAGAUCUCUCAUUGGGGCAAUGUGGAGUGGUGUCAUGAGUACAACAAGCAUGAUCUGCAAGCGCGUCUCUCGGCAGCGAUGUUGUUUGUAUAUCUGAACUCGCACUCUGCUACUUCGCAACCGAAGAACGACGUGCCCUAUGUAAGCUGAAUCUAUUUUAAGGUUGUUACAAAGAACACGACUAUGAUAAUAUAAAAUUUGUAAGAAUAACAUAUUCACCGUUAAUAUAACAUUGUCUCUUAACGUCGAUGCAA